AUGUCGUUUGGCGUCGGAAAUGAGCGGGAAAAAGAAAAUGAUUUUUUCAUCAUCGAACAAAUAUUUAAAAAUGUUCCAUUCCUAGUGCAUACAGGCAGCAAUGGCGCUCCUGCAGCAGACCAGUACCUGGAUUCAGUGAUCGGCGAACCACUUGAACGUUCGAUCCAGGAUAUGGGCCUGGAUCCGGCUCCUCUGCCGGAUUUCUGGAUUCCUUUCCAGUUUGGUAUGGGACCCGUGCCAGUAAACGGUCGGUUCGAUUUCCACAAUGGGAUAUUCAACGGCCUGUCGCGGAUCCGCAGGUUCUCCGAAUGCGAAGGUCCUACCAUCAGCCUUAACGAAGUGGGGAUGGAAUGCGUAAUGAGUUUCUUCGGCAUGAGCACAGUCUACGAUGGAAAAGCCAGAAUAGAACAGCUGCCACCUAUGCCAUUUCAAGUAACAGCUUACGUAAACGAAACUUUGGCAAAAUCAGGAAUUUCCGGAGCACCUGCAAGUCUGAAAGGGAACUUAAAAGUAUUCGAGAUCACGAAGUUCGGAGACAUCAAUGCUCGACCAUCAAAUCUAGGACCCAUGCAGUACUUUUACAACGCUGUGGAAGAAGAGUUUCGAGAUGAAAUUCGAAAAGAACUGACUCGCAUCAUUUUGACCCAAUUUCCAACAGCUUUUAGAAUGGCUCUCACACAAGCAAGAUUACCUGGAAUGGGGUGA